AAGCGCAGCUUGCAAAUGGACGGAACAUCAUUUAUCUUCGGCCAGCGACGACGAUCGUUUUAUGGCGUCAACCUGGUGAUCACCUCCCCACAACCCCCUUUCACCAGUGUCUUUUUUUAAUGUAAUACUCUGUACAACUUUUUUUUGGCAACGCAAAACAGUGCAAAAACCUUUUUGUGUCAAAACGUGUGCGUGUGUUUUCCGUUUCUCAUUGCUGCUGCUGUUUCUCCGUUUCUCCAUUUCUUGAUUUUCGGGGGUACUUUGACAAAAUUCCAAAGUGCCCAGCGCGAUUAGGCGACUCUUGUUUCAGCUCAUUAAAGCACAAUAAGGAGAUAACCAAGCCAAGGCGAGCCAAUGCCAAAAUGGUAACGAAAAUAACCAACGGUAAAAACGGACAAAAGGAGGAGCCCGAUUGUGGCAUUGCGCCAUCCGUUCCGUAUCCCAAGUCUGUGGCCUUCAUUAUUAGCAAUGAGUUCUGCGAGCGCUUCAACUACUAUGGCAUGCGCACCAUCCUGGUGCUGUACCUCACCAACAAACUGGGAUACAAUGAGGAGACGGCCACGGUACUCUUCCACACGUUUACCAUGCUGGUCUAUAUCUUUCCUCUGAUCGGAGCUCUUAUCGCCGAUGGCUGGAUGGGAAAGUACAAGACGAUAUUAUAUCUAUCUCUGGUGUACAGCCUAGGGGCUAUGGUGGUAUCCUUUGGCGCCGUUCCGAUAACGGGGAUGCCAACGAAAGCUGUGACCGUGGUGGGACUCUUACUAAUAGCAGUCGGGACCGGAGGAAUCAAGCCCUGCGUUUCCGCCUUUGGUGGCGACCAGUUCUCGCUGCCCGCCCAAAGCCUCCAGCUGGCCAAGUUCUUUUCGCUGUUCUACUUUGCCAUCAACGCAGGAUCUCUGAUCUCGACCACAUUCACCCCGAUCCUAAGGGCCGACGUCCAUUGUUUUGGCGAUCAGGAUUGCUUCUCGCUGGCAUUUGGCGUGCCCGCCAUUUUGAUGAUCGUUUCGGUGGUAAUCUUUAUGGCCGGCAAGCGGUUGUACAAGUGUCAGCCACCGGCUGGCAACAUGAUCUUCGGGGUGUCGCGUUGUAUUGCGGAUGCGUUCAAGGGAUGGCAAAAGCGCAGGCACUCGGAGCCAAUGGAAAGCUUUCUGGAUUAUGCCAAGCCAACGGUGGGUGCGCGGAUGGUGCGGGAGACUAAGUGCCUGGGAAGAAUCCUGCGACUCUUUCUGCCCUUUCCCGUCUUCUGGGCCCUCUUUGACCAGCAAGGCUCGCGAUGGACCUUCCAGGCCACACGAAUGGAUGGCAUGGUGUUGGGAUAUCAGAUAAAGCCCGACCAGAUGCAGGUGGUCAAUCCCCUGCUCAUCCUGGGGUUCCUGCCAUUAUUCGACUAUAUCGUUUACCCUAUUCUGGCACGCUGUGGAAUAAGGAGACCUCUGCAGAAGCUUACCAUAGGCCUUCUUCUGGCUGCCUUGGGAUUCUUCCUCUCAGCGGGUCUUGAGAUGAAGAUGGAGCAGGCCGCGUACAGAGCCACGCCUACGGAGCCUGACAUGUCCCACCUGAGAAUAUACAAUGGCAUGCCCUGUCGCUAUGAAAUCUCGAGUGCAGUGGGUCAAAAGACUAAAACUCAACGCUUUAUAGAACCUCUGAAUGUGUGGGAGGAUCUUUCACUCCAGAUGGCCAAGUCCAAUGAAUACGCUUUUAGGGCUCAGCCCGUAUCCGGAGACUGCCCUGCCAUCACCGGCAAGUUGCGUUUGCAACCAGGAAAGUCAGUGAGUUACUUCUUAGCCCAAGACAAGCUCGUCGAGUUCGCCGAUGGAUUACAAUUGGCGGCCACUGACACUGGUCACACUUCUGUGAGAACUCUGCUAAACACGCCAGACGGCGAGGGACCUAUACAUCUAUUAACUGAGUCAGACGCAUCCCAGGAAUCGCCGCUUUCCCUGGUCAAACGCAAUGUGUCGCAGCUCCACAGGAUCACACCUGGCUUUGCUCGGGUAGACAUCAAUGGUACAAAGGUGGCCAGCUUCGAGGCCAAAGGAGGUGGACUUUACAGCCUUCUGGUAUCGGGAAGUGCCCGCGAUGGUUACCAAUACAACGUGGUCGAGGUGGUAGCCCCCAGCACCGUGUCGAUUCUGUGGCAACUCCCCCAAAUUGUCGUGAUGACCGCAGCCGAGGUGAUGUUCUCGGUAACUGGGCUGGAGUUCUCCUACUCCCAGUCGCCACCUAGCAUGAAGAGUGUUCUGCAGGCCUGUUGGCUGCUUUCGGUGGCCAUUGGCAACAUGAUCGUCGUGGUGAUUGCCGAGUUCAAGUUUACCAGCUCGCAGUCCGGGGAGUUCACCCUGUUCGCCAGCCUCAUGCUGGUGGAUAUGUUGAUCUUCUUGUGGCUAGCCCGCAGCUACCAGUACAAGGAUCAACGCGAGGACCUCGAGGACGACGACGAUGCGGCAAUCGAGAGUGUUAUGCAGUCGAAACCGAAGGCCACUGCAGUUGAUACUACCCCACGAAAAAGAGGCGGCAUUGAGGCGGAACCGGGAUACGGGGCAUACCGCAAUCACGCCUACGACAACGAUUUUUCGGAGGCCUAGACUCUCGAUUUUCGUACUUAAAAUCCAUAUCCAUAUCAACAGCGUCGCCCGCAUUCACAUUUAGUCGUAGCUAGCUCUUCUAUUUAUUUUAUUUGUGCGCAUUUAUUUAUGUAGUUGGCUGUAAAUACGUUCGUUUCUACGAGUAUUCUUUAGAUGCAUUUUUUUACCCAAUUGUUUUGUAAAUACAUUUUAUACGUUUUAUUA